UCAAAAAAAAAAAAAAGCAGUUUGUGCAUGGUGCACAAUUGCAUGCAAAAUGCCACCCUAUAAAAUAGUGAUUGAUGCAUUUUUUCUUCUUUAUUUCAUUACUCUCUAAACAGAUGAAUGGGAACAUGAGUUGUUUGGCAGAAAGAGUGGUAAAACUGCUGAAAAGUUUCUGCCGUACACAAAUUCAUGUAAAACAAAUUCAAGCACAAAUCAUAAUUCACAACCUUCAAUCACACACAACAAUCGCAGAGCACUUAAUCACAGCAUCUCAAUCCCAUAACCUUCUCAACUAUGUUUCACCUCUCUUCACUCACCUCAUUCCAAAACCACACGUUUUCAUCUUCAACUCUCUCAUCAGAGCCUUCUCUCAUUCUCAUAUCCCCAACACCCCUCUCUCUCUAUACUCCCACAUGCACAAAAACUCCAUUCUCCCCAAUAACUUCACAUUCCCUUUUCUUUUUAAAUCACUUUCCGACUCACACGACUUUGUUCAAUCACAAUGUGUAUACACUCAUGUUAUUAAACUCGGUUAUGUUAAUGAUAUUUAUGUUAAUAACUCUCUUCUUGAUGUAUAUGCCUCUUAUGGGUGUUUGGAACUUUGUCGCCAACUGUUUGAUGAAAUGCCUCAGAGAGACGUUGUGUCGUGGACUGUAAUGAUAAUGGGUUAUCGGAACGGUGGGAAGUAUAAUGAUGCUUUGCUUGUGUUUGAACAAAUGCAGUAUGGGGGUGUGGUGCCGAAUAGGGUGACGAUGGUGAAUGCUUUGUCUGCUUGUGCUAGCUCUUGUGCUAUUGAAAUGGGAGUGUGGAUAGAUGAUAUGGUGAGGAGGAAUGGGUGGGAAUUGGAUGUGAUUUUGGGGACGGCGUUGAUUGAUAUGUAUGUCAAGUGUGGGAGAGUGGAAGAGGGGUUGAAGGUUUUCUGUGAUAUGAAGGAAAAGAAUGUGUUUACUUUGAAUGUUGUUAUUAAAGGGUUAGCUUUGGCUAAGAGUGUUGAGGAGGCUCUUUUGUGGUUUAAUAGGAUGGAGUUGGAUGGAGUUAGAGCGGAUGAAGUGACUUUGGUCACGGUUCUUUCUGCGUGUAGUCAUUCGGGUUUGGUGGAAAAGGGUCGAUUUAUCUUUAGUAUGUUGGUUGAUGGAAAGUAUGGAUUUCUUCCUAAUGUCAAACACUAUGCUUGUAUGGUUGAUCUCUUGGCACGUGCUGGUCAAUUGCAAGAGGCUUUUGACAUCAUCAAAUGUAUGCCGUUUGAGCCGACGGCAGCUAUGUGGGGAUCCUUAUUGCUUGGUUCGAAAUCUCGUGAUGACUUGGAAUUCAGUGAGUUUGCGGCUACAAAAUUGGUUGAGUUGGAGCCAUAUAACACUGCCUAUUAUGUUCAACUGUCAAAUCUGUAUGCAGAGGCCGGAAGAUGGAGCGAUGUUGAGAGGAUAAGAGGAAUGAUGAAAGAAAGAGGACUGACUAAGGACUUAGGAUGUAGUUCUGUGGAGGUUGAGCAUCAAAGGCAUGGCAGUGAACUCUUGGCAUAGUGCUCACUCUCCCAGUAUUUUCAUGUAGCUUGUAAGUUGACAUAGAACACCAACAUAGCAGUUACUUCUGAUAGGGAGCUGCUCUGCUACAAUAUGUAUUUAUUGAAGGAUGGUACAAAUGAUAGCUCAUUCACUGAGAAAGUAACUCAUAUGGGGUCAGUAUUCCUGUUAAGCUCCUACAGAUGUUGAGCAUCCUGAAAAUAUUGUCAUUGAUAUCAAUGAGCUGGUAUUAGGUUAUUUAGUUUACAAAAACACCAUCACUAAAUCAACUCGCCAUUGCCGGCAAAAGUAUGAUGUCUAACUCAUGGUGUGUUUUGAUUUGUGGGUCAAAAGAAACAAAGCAACAAGAAUGAAUCAAAGCAACAUGAAUGGAAGAUACCUGGUCCUUGGCUUUAGAUGUUGAGCGAUGAGAAAGAACAAGACGAAUAAAAUCCUUGAAAAUGAAACCGAGGAGAAUGGAAGUUAUUCGGUGCUUUAGGUGUUGUGUCAUGCUUCCCAUGGUGGAAGAGAGGCGUGGGUGUUAUUUAUUCCUUAGAAGGUACUGAAAAGGUGAGUAUGAAAUUUGGAAUCAAAAUGAGAAAUUUGAACGUACUGAAGGUGUGAUGCUUUAGAGUUGUUUCUUUUUUAUCAGCAUCUUAUGGUAGCUAAAAUUUGAUUCGUCUCCCUCUAUCUUUAAGAUAAGUAGACACAACCAAGAUUUAAAUUGUCAUAUGAAAAAAAAAAAUAAACAAAUCGUUUUUCACUAAACAACAUUUUGUAAGACUUCACAACAAAAUAGAAUAAGAUUGUUUAUGUUCAUGUCUGAAUCAACCUUGAAACUGGUUGGUGUUUGAGAGCCUGACCAGCAUUUGUCUGCUUAUGUAUUUGCUAGCAUCGUUGA